UCAAGGGUAAAUCCCGUUUUUCUAGGAUAAAAAUUGUGUAGUUCAGUUAAUCUUUCAAUUAUCAAUGGAAGUAAAUAGUGUAGAAGACUAUCAACAGAAAUAAACCUAGAAAGGGAAGCUCAAAGGUAUGUCCGCUAACAACGGAGACCAAUUUCUGCCGCCAAAUGCGAUGUCCUCUCUGGCUCACUCUCACCUGUAUGGUCACCUUCCAUCAGCAGUGGUGGAGAAUCCGUUGUUAGCCCUCAAAGGAGGUACCGCUGCUGCCCACGAGCCUUACCAUUCGUAUAAGCAAUUAGAUCAAUCCCUACCGGCCAUCAACAGGCAGUCAACUAAGCAGCAAAUCAUUAUACAAGAGUUCCUUAACGGUAACCAUGCCGGCUCAUAUCACCAGCAGCAGGUACAGCAGUUGCCUUCGGGCAGCGGCGGAAGCCCUUCGAGCAACAGUUCCAUAACGAUCUUGACCUCCCACCAAAGCAGUUCACCGCCCAACUCCGCGACAGAGCGCCCUGCGCAAUCUACGGUAGUACUGGAUCGGAUCAAUAUUUGCAUCAACAAUCAUUUUAAUGAACCACAGCAGCAGUCAGUGGAUGUAGCCAAAACUAGCACCAGUGAAAAACGAUCCAGUAUUGAUCUGGAACCAGAUUCAACUACAUCGUCUCUAGGGCAACUUCCAGUCACACCGGAAAAGAAUAGAACAAAAUUCAAACUGCAAGAGGACGUACUAGUGGAGAACAAGGACGGUCGGUUCUAUCUCGGGACGGUGAUUGCGAUCGGAUCGGGACAGUGUUUAGUGCGAUUCAAUGACAACACGGAAAGCUGGUCGGACUUUCGGGAACUGACCAAACUGAGCAGCAGCAGCAACGAUGCGGAUGACUCGCCGCUGUGCGUUGUUUGCAAGCGACAGAAUGCGGACGAUUGUGUGGAGGUUUGCGAGAACUGUGGCCGUGGAUACCACGUCAAAUGUAUGGAUGGCAACUUUGAGCGAAACGGAUACUGGUUCUGUCGAAUGUGCACAUCUCCAAAUGGUAAGAAGAAGGACAUUCGCUACGUCUGCUCUGGUGUUCUUUCGGAAUCGUUGGAUCCGCUUACCGAUAAAUCUCAGCUACCGUACGAUAUCGAUUCGCUCGGCUGGGACGGUCUACAUCGUGUGAACACCGAACAGCACUACUGUUACUGCGGCGAUGAUGGCGAUUGGUUGAGGGAAAUGAUUCAAUGUUGCCGCUGUCAGCAAUGGUUCCAUGGUCGGUGCAUACGUAGUCUGCAGUAUCCCAUUUUUCUGGGCGAUCGAUUUUACUUUUUUAUCUGCUCCAUUUGCAAUCACGGGCACGAGUUUGUUCGUCGGCUGGAAAUUUGCUGGUCCGACCUAGUCCACUUGGUACUGUACAACCUAAUCGUUCGUAACGGUAAGCGUUUCUACGACGUCACGAAAGCUAUCGCUCCCUACGUGGAGGAUAACUGGAAGACUCUGCAGAUGCAAGAACAGAUGACUAAACUGUCGCCGAAUGCAAGAAAGGAAAUUAUCACUCAAACACUAACCAACGAUAGAGUGCGCUUUAGAUGCGCUGGAGAGGGAAGCACAAUGUGGACCCUACGCCUACCGGAACCUCCGAGUCCACCGAACGUACUGCUGGUACCAGGGCAGAUCAUUACCGAGCACAUUCUGACACAUAUGUCCAAAGAGAAUCGAAUAUAUCGGUUUCUGCCCAGAGUUGCCCUAGAAAAAUCAUUUGUUAAUGAUGCACUGAGCCGUGAGAGGAUGACCGGCGUUAACUACUGUUCUCCAUUGGUAUCCGAAGACGAUGCUUCAGAGGUUUUCGAUACAACCCAAGAGGAGAAUAGUUCCGAUUUCGAUGCUCAAGUCGGUGCAGGCAUCGGCGAGCUUCCGGUCGAAGUGCGCGGUAGCGGUGACAGUUGCGAUCCAUCGGUAGUCCUGGGCGAACAGACUCGGCCAAGCAGUGUUGCAAUAUUUACCAGUACAGGGAAAAAUUCUAGUUCAAAUUUAAGUGAUUCGCUGUUUAGUUCCAACGCCAAGGAUGGCUUCCAAUUCGGCCCUGCCGGAAACAGUUCCAAAACGCAAAGCGAAACGGGUAGCAUCAUCAGCGGGUUAGGUGGCGGAAAUCGAAGGGCAUUCAAGUCGCGAAACAAAAAGACCGACAGUGAGAAAUCGUUGGACAUAUAUGAAUCAUCGGAUGAUACCUCGCGGAACACACUGGAUUUGAUCAUACCACAUCCCAAAGAUUUCAGUGGAAAAAACAACCCCUUCCAUCAGCCUUCGGUAGCCACCGGUACCAACAAUGGCACUGGUGCUGCAGCAGGGCAGUUGAAGAACAACGAAACAAAAGACUUGAUGCAGAAGGCUAGUACCAGUAAUCUUAGUCAAAUAAGUAGUAAUCUAAUGAAUGGGGAAAUGCGCGUAGCGCGUAUCGUAAAGAGGAGGCUCAGUGCGCGAGAUAUUCUGAAUGGAUCCAAAAGCAAACGAAGAAAGUUCCGGAAAAGUUCGGUAAUCGGCACAACUCUAACCGCCAUCGCUGCUCCGGGAACAACAAUACCAUCGCAAGGUCAAUCAUCCAGCUUGAUAGCUUCGCUAUUUUCGCAACCAGUCGACACCGGUGGUUGGUCCAGUCAGAUAGCGCUUAACACGUUUCUCCCCUCGUCGUCCUCCUCAGGAAGUAGCACACCACCAAGCUGUUCAUAUUCCGCCAAUGGGCAGCCAAAUACGAUGGUUCCUCAGGCAGCACUUCCAGUUGCUGCUGCUGCUGCUGCCGCAAUCACUGCCACCUCAUCUUCAUCCUCUCCGGCUAGUCUACAGCUAAUGCCCAGCUUGCAGGCCCCGCCGCAGAAAAAGAGUCCAAUCCACGGGCGAAGGCUGCGCCAGCGUCAGGAACGCAACUAUGCCGAAUCAAGCCGGCGUACCAGUGCUCCGUCUUCGGUACAGGUAAGCGGCUCUUUGACCACCAGUUUGCCCGGUUCUCCAGUAAAGAACGGCUCAGGUUCGGCCUCGAACGGUGCCACCAGCCCGACCAACAACGGGGGGAAUGAUCUCCAAUCAUCGCUUAAUUUGUACUUUGGCGCCGCUCACCGCAUUCUCAGCGGUGAAAAGUUCGUCAUCAAGGGCAAGCGGGUUUCCCUCUCCGGCAAGAUGCAGUACCUAAUCGAGUGGGAGGGCUGCGCAACACCCCAGCUGAUGUAGUUGAUUUAAUCGUCUGCCUAACGUCUGGAGAGCAAGGGGGUUCAGGUAAUUUUAGCAAACUAUAUUUAUGGUAAUUCGAACGGUCCAGGAAUCGAUAACAGUAUCUGAAUUUUAAUGAAGUGAAAGAUAGCGCUUAACUUUAACUUGUUUCAAAUAAGCCAGUUUACUAGAGAAUGUGCGAACAACAUUCCAGUCGAGCGUGGUGUUGUCUUAUCAGAUGAGAAGCGGCAGUUUUCCACAGUGAAUAUGUUUUAGAUGCUAGCGUGCAUUAUGUUUUAAAUUCGGCGCAAUCGCGCAAUUAUUUAGAAUGAAAGCUUAAUUCAUCGUCUCCAAUGGAAGUGUGGAUCAGGGGAAGUCCAAAACCGAAAAUCUCGGAAUACUAUUUUAGGAGUCGUUUUUAUAACGGAAUCGAUCCAGUGUUACUGCUACUGAAAGGUUCUGAAAAUAAUGCUGAAAAAAUCGUUAGGUUUUCAAUUUCAAUUUUGUUUUGAUUCCAGUUUCCAAAAAGAGUUAUCUGUCUUUCAAACAUAAUUUCGAAAUAAAAUCGGUUCGGUAAAUAACCGGAUCGGUUAUUUAACGCGUGGAAAAUCGAUAACAAAUUGUGAUAAUUUACAUUUAAAUACUGAAAAAUAGUCAUAUUCUUACACUUGGGUACAUCAAAACUAAAAUUUUUUAAAUGUUCAAUUCAGCUGAUAUUUUGUAGAGGUGUUUGGACUUAUCCGAAAGUUUGUAAGUCAGCUCACAGUCAGUAGCAUGAAUGAAUCGAAAAAAAACUGGAGGCAGGUUCUGACAACGUAAUUCGUCACGCUAAGUUUACACAUGGUUGUAAAAACACGGGCACAGAAAAUCGACCAUUAUCGGGGGUUAGCUUCCUGGUGAAGGUUAUCACUUCGCAUCAUACGGGGUUCAUCGUGAGACGGUGCUUCUGGAGCGCGUAAGGAGCAGUCGAGUCUUUAACAUUAAAAAAAAAGUUUCAGAUAAUCGGUGAAUCAGUGCGCAAGACCGUCGUGUACGAUGCUAACGUCGUUAAAUAAGAAAAAAUCCAUGGUCCGAGCGGAUUGCCUUGUGGAACCCUGGAGAAAACGGUUAAAGAGUGCGAAAGGGAACUCAUUAAUGUAUGCCGAAUUUUUCCAACAUAACAACAGUGAUUUGAUGAUUUAGUUUGUCAAAAUCAUCGAAAAAAGACGCCUGAGCUGAUAGAUAAGCUAAAGAGCUGUCGAAUUGGGGCAACCAAAGCGUCAAUACAACUCAUUUGAAUGGAAGGUUCAUCAUCCGGACCAAAAGAGGUUGAGAUUUUUAGUUUCGAAGCGGCCAGCAUAAAUCAUGACAUCACCAAUAAUAAAAUUAUUUAAAAAAUCCCGAGAUCGGCCUACAUGUUGUUAGUUGAUAUUUGGAAAUGUCGGUCACAGAUGGUGUUAGUGUUCAAGCAAAAUGUGCGUGACGACAUUUUUGUUGGAUUUUAUUCAAAGGGCUAUGUCCGUUAGUCUGUGCUUCUACUGUUCGUUUAGAUCACCUCAAUAUUUUUUUUAUCGAUCCUCUUAUGCGCCACGGGUUUUAACCAGGGCCUGGCGGCUGUACAUCGUUGUAUCACGAAUAGGUAUGGUUAGGUUUGUAAGACCAAUUUCGCACUCCUUGUUUUUCGGGCCCACACAAGUUGCAGUUUAGGUGCAUAUGGAUUAGUUUGUACUUUGUGGAAAGCAUUUUUGGUACGAGCUGCGAUUCUUGCCACACAAGCAUAACAUCCUGUCAGGAGUCUGGCUUGCUUGAUAGUCGCAAUCAAUAAGGCUCUUACAUAGUAGAUUAUUUAUCGGACUAGCGUCCUAAUGAAUUCCAGAAAAAAGCUGGGAAGGCGCAAACAUCUUAAACUAACUUCUUUUUCAUAAUAAAUAACAUUAAAAAAUUACAGUUAGCAGACAAGCUUACAAAUGAUCUAUUUAAACUAACAAAGUUGCGUUAGUCAGGACAAUUCUUGCGUAACUUUUCGAAAGGUCUAACACAGCAAUGAUAGAUUUUAUUCGCUUCUGCUCUCUUAAGUUUAUUACGGAUAUACAAAUGCACUUGAUAUUUUGCGCUGAAAUACGUCUAUAUUGCCGUGAUAAUCAGAAGAGACGAACAUUGGUGAGAAUGUUGAUUCUUUCAAUGCUACAUUGGCGUUUUAAGAAGUAACGCGAAAGUUCUUGUAACAGUCCAUUAUAGCAAAAGUGCCAAGUUAGGGCAGGCAAUCUUAGAGGAAAGAAUUUUAGCAGCAAAAACUGCUUUAGUAAUAUUCCUUCUAUUCUCGGGUGAAGUAAUGCCAAGCAAUAGACAGGAUUGAUCUAACGAUCGCAAAGGAGAUAAUCGAGUUCAUGAAAUAUCUUAAACAUAAAUCCGUGUAUCCGACUAGCCACUGGUUGCUAUCUAAGUGUGAAUUCUGUGUCUAAGUACACAUGUCAGUCUUUUGCUUUCUGACUGCUGCAAGGUGCAAUUUCUGAUAGAAUAUUUGAAGCUAAAGACUUCCAGGUCCUUUGAUGAAAAAUAUGACGACGCAUUUUCCUACGCUAAAGGUAAUUCUGCUGACUUCACACCGUUCAGCAAAUCGAUACAGACAUGCUUGAAGACCAGUUUUUAUUAACCAUUGAGUAAAUUCGCUGCAUCGUUAAAAACAAGGACAAGAAGCUAGGUCCAAGUUUGCUGCCUUGUGGAACUCCGGAGUGGUUAGUUUGCAUAGCUGUCCUGCUGAAAUGCCUACGCUUGCUGCUUCGGCCUAACGGCCAGAACAAGCAUUCAGAAAUUGAACAACCAAGUAGAAGUACCAACAACGACAACGUUACGCAUGUUACAUCUCCCCCCGGCAGGGGAGAUAACUCCAUACGCCCGUCUUUAGAUUCUCUAAAUGACAAUGGCGGGACAUAAAUGCCAUCAACGCCUUUAAAAUUUUACAAUUAUUUUAAUUUUUUCUACCAAUUUAUAAAGUUUUAGCAUUUAUGUUAGGAAUUGAAAAAAAACUAAUGCAUUUCACGCUCGAAAGCUUCCAUCAACUCUGCCAAGACAACAUCGGUUUCAAUCCAAAUCGCAGGUCACCGGUAUUAGCUCAAGGGUAUAAUAAUCAGGAACAGAACGUAGAAGUUUUUAUACGCAGUCGUCAAUCGUCAUCAAUAAAAUGGUAGCAGAACGAAAUAAAACAACGGAAUGUGUGUGCGUGGACUCGUCAUAUUUUUAUACGUCAUUUUAUGACUGCUCUCAAUCGGCAGUCACUCGAGCGUUCAAAACAAAUAUAUAAACCAUUGUUGUUCAAUGCAUUACACAGUAAAUGUCUCCUUAGAUGGAUUGUGCAAAGUAAUUAGCGUAAGACUAUAGAUACAGUGAAUUGAAUUUUAAGCUGAUAAACUGCCAAAAGUUACUACACAUAUAAAUAAAUACUACUCAUAGUAAAUUAAUACGCCAGUAUCGAUCCCCCUAACUGCUAUUAUUUUGCAAUUACACUUUCGUUUCAACUGCCGUAGCAGCUAAAAGAAAAAGGUUACACGGUUAAUGCACUCUCGGCUGCACAUUAAGCGGGAAUCACUUUCAAUCCCGACGCAUUUGUUCCCGAACCGAACAAUACGCAACAAAAACAUAAACACUGCCGGAAUCUUACGAUAAGGACAAAAAUGGAUGUAAAAUAAUUCUUUGUAGGCGCACUAUAAUUAAUUUUAACUGAAAAAGGUAUAUUAUAGAAAAGACUAUCAAAAUUAUGAAUUGCACGCGGAAUUGAGGCCAACUUUCAAAAUAUCGAUUUAGCUUAACCGAUCAGAGAAUUUCAAGACUGUCUGUAUCGAAAAUCAAACAAAGCCUCUAACUUCCGAGCUCUGUUUGAAAAAAGGGACUGCCUCUGUAAUCUAUUUGUCUCCACAAGGGACCUGCUUUGGCCAUUACUUCAUUGCUGAACUUGCCAAGGACUACCAGCAAUGGUGGUUCACCCGUUGUACUCAUCAGAGUUACAACAGUUUAAGUUUAUUUUGAACAAACCUUAGCGGUAUUCGAUUCGGGCAAAGGUAAAUCUCAACUUGAUGGAAAGAAAGCGUCCCGAAAAAACACGAAAAGUCACUGUCGAAGGAAUAUCGUUUCCCAGCCUAGAUCCUCACGAUUAUUAUCAAUUGUCUGUCUCAGUAACUAAAUGACUAACGGUGACAAGUAGCGAAUUUUGUAAGGUUCAUAAUUGUUCUAUUCUAAGUGAAGACACACGUGACCGACAAAACAAUGGCACUGCGCCAAGCACUGAUAAAACUAAAGUAUCCUCAAUGAUUAAAGGAACUAAAUCGUAGUUGUUUAAAUUAUUAUUCCUCUCCCGUAGUAAGCCUAGGUUCUAAACUUAAGCCCACUUUAUAAGUCCUAAUAAUUUGUAAAUUUUGUUGAAAGUUAUAAGAAGUGAAUUUUGUUGACUCUAAGUUGUAGGGUGCACGUUUAUUCGGUAAGGUUAAACAAAAAGUAAUAGCGAAGAUAAAGCACACACUAUUUAAGUUCAAUUAUUUAGCCAAGGCGCAGAACAAUUCGGAAUCGAUCGUAAAUUUAAUUCGAUUGUAUUAUAUGUGUAACACAAUUAAUAAUUAAAUUAACUAAUCAAACACAAACGAUCCUCGGCGCUGAGCGAGCAUCGAUAAACUGAAAAUGCAAAUCUAUAUUGAGUGUACUGUAGAAUAUUAUUGAACUUGAGUAUAGCACGCUACCCACGUUAAAUCCCAACGAUGAAGGACGAACUUCAUCGGGGUUUGGAGUA